AUGACCCAAAACAGUGGACAGGAGCAGGCUAACAGACAGCUAAUUAGCACCACCAAGAAGCAGGAGGCUGGUGGUUACGGCAGUAAAUCAACCAGUAGUCCUCCCUGGAACUCUCUUGGUGCAAAGCCAAAGAAUAAAUCAUCGCUUCCCUUAGAUAUGGGAAGACGGUUAACAGGCAGAACCCAGCACCCGGAGGCUCGUGAUGAAACUGAGUGGCUUGCACUGCCAUCGCACAGGAGGGUCUCUUCAACCCCAAGGGUCCAGCAGUAUGCAGUGGAUGUGACUCUUGAUCCUGAUACAGCACAUCCCUGGCUCAUCCUGUCUGCUGAUGGGAAACAAGUACAUCAUGGUGAUGUGUGGAAGAAUCUCCCAGACAACCCAAAGAGAUUUUUAUCCCUCUCCCUGUUAGGAAAGCAGAGUUUGUCUUCAGGCAGAUUUUACUUUGAGGUUCAGGUUAAAGAGAAGACUGACUGGGUUUUAGGAGUGGCCAGAGAGUCGAUCAACAGGAAGGGAAAAAUCACACUGAGACCUGAGGAUGGUUUCUGGACUAUAUGGUUGAGAAAUGGAAAUGAGUAUGAAGCUAAUAAUUACCCUCCAGUCUAUCUCUCUCUAGAGUCUUGGCUUCAGAAGGUGGGGGUGUUUGUGGAUUAUGAGGAGGGUCUGGUCUCCUUUUAUGACGUAGAUGCUGCAGCUCUUAUCUACUCCUUUACUGGCUGCUCCUUCACUGAGAAACUCUACCCAUACUUCAGUCCCUGGAAUAAUCAUGGUGGUAUAAACUCUGCCCCUCUGAUCAUCUGUCCUGUCAAUCAAACUGUCUGAGUCAAUACCAGGAUGCUGAUUGAUUAGAG